UUAGAAAAAUCCACUGUUGAAGAAUAAGCAUAAUUUGCCUUGGGUUAGCGUAACGUCUCUCCAAAGGCUCACAAAACCCAAAACCGCCACGAAAUAGCCCACCCCACCCACAACCCAGCCCUCCUCACUCCUCCUUACCAUUGUAGUACCAAGUUUCCAUGCCCCCAAAUCUCACCUUUCACCAACUCUCCUUCUACCCCUCUCUCUCUCUCUCUUCUCCGAGAAACGUCACUGUGUUUGCUGGAAAAAUUACCUCUUUUUUUUCAUUUUCCAUAGCUUUCUUGGUCUAGAUUAGCAAAAGAACCUGCAUUGUAUCAGCUCAUCUCUGCAGAAAUCUUGAGAAAAUGUGGAAUCUUGCAAAAACCCAUUGCGGGAUUUUGAGUUAUGCUGGGAUUUCGUGAUCUUCUUACAGGGUUUUUGUGCUAUGGAGAAGCAAAAUAGGCUUGUCGAUAAGUCACAUUUUGGUGUGAAAAGACAAUGUGAAGGGUGAAAGUUUGAGUAUCUGGUGUCUGAACUGUGUGUAUAUGUUUGUGUGUGAUGAUGGUGGCUGCUGUUUCUGGUGGAGGAGGAGCAGCUUCAACAACUGGCCCACAAAACCCCAAAACAAUUUCUCGAGAUGAGACUCAAACUCACCAAAGAAGACCUCCACUGCUGCCUUCUGAGAAGGAUAAUAAUGGUAUUGACAACCCAAAAAGGCCUAAAUCAAGAGUUGUUUCUUCAAGGUACAUGUCCUCUUCUCCUUCCACUUCUACUUCCAAUUCUUCCUCUGCAUCUUCGUCAUCAGUUUCCUCUAGAAGAUUCCCAUCCCCUUUAGUUUCAAGGAAUUCGACUGCCGCGUGGAAUUCUCCUGCUUUGGUGCCAAAAAGGUCAGUUUCUGUCGACCGGAGGCGGCCGGUGACAGCAGCUAGGCCUUUAACACCCGAUCUUGAUGCCAAACAAGGCAAUGCAGGUGCUGGUGAACCUUCAGCUGCUACAAAGCUGCUGGUCACUGCUACUAGGAGUUUAUCAGUUUCUUUUCAGGGGGAAGCCUUUUCGCUUCCAAUUAGUAAGACUAAAGCUGCCCCGCCUUCACCUAAUUUGAGUAGUGUGAGGAAGAAUACACCAGAAAGGAGGAGAAGUAGUACUCCUUCAAGGGUGAAGGGUGAUGGGGGUGGAGAUCAAGUUGAAAAUUCCAGGCCCAUUGAUCAGCAUCGGUGGCCGGCUAGGACAAGACAGGCAAAUCCCUUAUCUAGAAGCUUAGAUUGUAGUGGUGGGGAGCGGAGUAAGCUCAUUGGAUCUGGGAAUGUUAUUAGAGCAUUGCAGCAGUCCAUGAUUGAUGAGAGAAGGGCUUCAUUUGAUGGAAGGCUGAGUAUUGAUUUGGGCAAUGCUGAGCUUUUGAAGGCAGUUCAGGAUGCCCCAGAUGGAAAUUCAGUCAAUAAUGAGUCGUCUGUGCAGUCUGAUCUUACUGCAUCUGAUACAGAUAGUGUUUCUUCCGGUAGUACUUCUGGAGUGCAAGAAUGUACUGGGGUUUCCCAUGCUAAAGGUGUACCUCGUGGAAUUGUUGUUUCAGCUCGCUUCUGGCAAGAAACUAAUAGUCGGUUGAGGAGGUUGCAGGACCCUGGGUCACCUUUGGCAACUAGUCCUGGUUCAAAAUUGAUUGUGCCGCCAAAGUUGAAGAAGUUCCCUAGUGAUGGUCCCUUAUCAUCACCACGAACAAUGUCAUCACCUAUUCGGGGGCCUAUAAGAGCUUCAUCUCCCAGUAAGCUUAUGACCUCAGUUGGAUCAUCUCCUUCACGAGGAAUGCCUAGUCCAUCUCGGGUCAGAAAUGCUGUUAGUACUAUUAAUAGUAGUUUUAUUGAGACACCUUCAGUUCUCAGUUUUGCUGUUGAUGUUCGGAGGGGGAAAGUUGGGGAGAACAGAAUUGUGGAUGCUCACUUGUUGAGACUUCUAUAUAAUCGACAUUUGCAGUGGCGUUUUGGAAAUGCUAGGACUGAAGCAACCUUGCUGGCGCAGAAACAUAGUGCAGAGAAGAGUCUGUGGAAUGCUUGGAUAACAAUCUCAGAUCUACGUGAUACAGUCACAAAGAAAAGACACAGGUUACAGUUGCUGAGGCAAAAAUUGAAGUUAGCCUCCAUUCUCAAGGGACAAAUAACUUGUUUAGAAGAUUGGGCUUCUUUGGAUAAAGAUCACUCUAUCUCUCUGCUAGGAGCAAUUGAAGCGUUGAAGGCUAGCACUCUUCGCCUCCCUGUUGGUGGAGGGGCUAUUGCUGAUAUUCAAAGCUUGAAGGAGGCAGUUGGUUCUGCAGUGGACAUGAUGCAGGGAAUGGCAUCUUCAAUAUGUUCUCUUCUGCCAAAGUUCGGUUGGAAAAUGGUAGCUGAAUUUUCUCCAUCAAGGCCUCUUCUUGAUCUAAUAUUUAGGUGAUAAACUAGUGCAGCUGAUCCUAAGCUUAUGAGCGUCAUUACUCAUGUUUCAGUUUAUUAAGAUAUUCAUCUCUUUACAGUUUGCAAUAUAAGUUGUUCCCAGUUAAACCAGCAAACAUACUUUUUAUUUGUUUCUGUGUUGUACCACAUGGAACAUUCAUUUACAGAUUGAUGUGGUCUUGAAAGGACAAAUUAAUUUCUUUAUGUGGAUGAUACAUGGCUGUAAGAAAAGUACGGAAACAGUAGUAGUUCAUGGAUAAUUAUUCUCAAUCUUCACUUCCAAUAUCCUUCUACUUCUCUUCACCUCCCAUCCUUGUGGCUGAUAAUGAGAUAACAAAUUAGUCCUUAUGUUGAAGAGAAGAGGAACAUGCAUGUCCUAGUGAUGUAAAUUGAAAUUUGAAGCUAUCUAAUUGCAGCCAGUGACUUCUCAAAAACCACGAGUCUUGCAGAUUUGAUUCCAAGGAUAUUCUGUUAACCAAAGAAAGAAAGCGUUCUUACAAGCUUUGUCACAAGGUUUAACAUAUUUGGUAUCAGCCUUUGCAGAUUCUAGAUAUCAUUUUAACUGUAACAGAUCCCGGCAAUAAUUCAUUAUUCAUCAUUGAGAUAUAAAAUACAAUAAUGGCAGUACAGUUGUGAUGAGCAGAACAAACAUACACCAGGAAGCAGUCAUGUGUCAAACUUUUGGUAUAUCUGGCAUAUCAAGGUUAGCCUGAAGAAAGGAGUAAACCUGCAUCUACAUAUACAAUGCUUCUCGGUUCUGUUGUUCUUUUAUUUUUUAAUUAAUGUACGGAUGGUUGUUUGAGUUUCAAAAUCCUGGUUAUGUUGAGAAAAAUCAGCAUGGAGAUUAUGUACUUGGAACAUGCGGCUGAAAGAUGAUAUAAUACUUGUAAAAACA